GCCGCAGCAUCAGUGCUGAUCAUUCUCACAGGAGCUCUCACACACAGAGGAGCAAAAACAGCUGAAGAAACUUUCUUAAAACUCAACAUUUGACUCUCACACCUCAGAAAUGGAAGGAGGAUUGAUCGUGUUGGCCGCUGCGUUGCUGCUCUUUCUGUCACCAGAUGUCCAGGGAACGGCUCAUUUGGCUUUUUCCAAUAAUACACAGGUGAACAUCACUCGAGAUGGCUGUGGAGUCUCCAAACUGUGUGUGGAGACCCCAGAUAACUGCGACCCCUCUGGAAACUCCUGUCUGUUCGUCUCCGCGGUCUCCUCCGUCUCAGUGCUUCCCAACGGGGUUGACUUCUCCGUCGAGCUGAGCGGAGAGUCCUCAGGAUACAUCGCUGUGGGAGUCACUGCCAACGCCUCAGAGGGUACCAGCAUGCUUUUCAUCUGCGCUCAGAACAGCUCGGACAACGGGAAGUUCUUGUUCCGGACAAUGCAGAUGAACAACACUGACAAAAUGCUCACUCCAACUGAGACGAGAGUGAAAGAAAUCGGUGGCAUGGUGAACGGAAAUAUGAUCAAGUGUGAGUUUACGGUCCCCAACGUGAACGCCUCCAACACCAGGAGCAGUGAAGACACUACCUUCUCCGUCCUGCUCGGGAACGGAAGCUUCGACGGAAGUGUUUUCGGUGCCUUCAAUCUCUUGUUCGGCAGCAAACCACUGGACCUCACCAAACCCGACAGCAACGUCCCCACCACAGCAGCACCCACCACCACAGCACCCAUCAACAACACCACCAUGCCCAACAACAGUGGAGCUCUCCAGCCUCAUGCCGUGCUGCUCCUGCUGAGCGUCCUCACGCUGUCCGUCCUGCUGAGAGUCUGAGAGGAGAGAGAGCUGUCCAGUUUGAUGCCAUGAAGAAAGAAAUAAACCGAGUGUCAAGCUAUUUAUUAAAAUAUUUUCACUGAACUCAUUAAGACAUGUUUGAAGGUCAUUUUGCACUUUGUUUGUUCAUGAGAUGUACUUUGUGAUCCAACUCCAGAUUAAACACUUAAUUGGUUAUAUGUAAACCGUCUUUGAGCAUUAGGAAGAGCGCUAUAAAAAUCCCAUGUAUUAUUAUUAUUAUUAUUAUAAAUUAUGUUAUUCAUUUCCUGCAUAGGGCUAUUGAAAAAGUGUUGUAAUUACAGUUUUGCAUUUAUGUAAUAUGUUUCCAUCUGAUCCAGCCUAUCUAGCACCUCAGGUAGUUUUUUAUAAACACACAUUUGCAGGCUUUGAAUUGUUUACUGAAACUAAAGUAAACGUCAACACACAUUCAGGGAAACCCAAGCCAAACCAGCUGUGUCAUUAUUGUGUUUUAAUAUUUACAUGUAAAAUGUACUGUGACUGUAAAAUACUUUUCAAAGGGAAAUAAUAAAUGAUUAAAUUACAUUUUAA